CUAAAACAAAAUCAAUUAAAGCUUUUAUCUUCGCACUGUUUGGGUGACAACUACAACAGAAUGUCUGAUGUUCAACGGACAGGUCAGGAAAUUUUGGACAGUGAAUCACAAUUAAAUAAUGGAACCAGAUGCGUUGUUUGUGAUAAGGAAUUGAAACAUCGAAGCAGACUGUUGGUGCAUUUGCGAACUCACACGGGUGAAAGGCCGUUCAAAUGUAAAAUUUGUAAAAAGGCUUUUAAUGAACUUCGUGAUCUAAAAGAUCACCAUAAGAGAAUUCACGAGAAACACAGACCUCACAUGUGUGAAUUUUGUGACAAAUGUUUUGUUGAUGUUGGUACGCUGAAGAAACACUGUCGAAUUCACAUUGGUGCAAAACCACACACGUGCAAACAUUGCGACAAGUCAUUUAUACACCGAGGACACCUCAACUUACAUGAGCUUAUCCACACGGGGGAAAGACCAUUUAUGUGUGAUUUGUGUCCAAAAUCAUUCAAACGCAAGGAACAUGUUACAAUUCACAAAGUAUCUCAUUCUGGAGAAAAGCCCUUUAAAUGUAAAAACUGCAAUAAAACAUUCGGGAUGAUUGGUAGUUUAAGGGCACAUAAUAGAAAGGUUGAUUGUGUACCAGUCAACGCCUCAGGUUUAAAAGAAUUGACUUGUUAAAGAGUUGCUCUUGUUUCAUAAUAUACUUGGGUGGAGAAAGACGGGACGCCUUUAGCAUAAAAUAUCUAAAUGUCCUGAUCGUAUUUUAAAUAAUUAACAACGGGCUAUGCAAGUCGUGGGGAUACGAUUUUAUAAUUCUUUUAAUGUUCGUUGUUUACUAUCAAAUGGGACGAGACAAUAGAAGAAAAUUAUGUCCCAUCUUUCCCCACUCUACUAGACUUUGUUACUUUUGAUGUUUUGUUGUACAUUAGGGUGGGGACUGGGGAAUAUGGGACACCUUUUCAUUCCAUUUUCUUGUUCCAAUCGAUAUACUUCUUGUAGCGGGCACUAUUGCGCAUGCGAAGUAGGUCGGAACAAAUAUAAUGACCACCCGGUCCAAAUUUAUUACGUCUCCCCGUUGAAAACGUUCCAAACUCGUUUACACGUUAAAACUUUAGUUUUUGAUUUAAAGUCAGCAGAACUGAGUUAGGUAUGUUAUUUGAAGCCCAUAAGCAAGUACUACUAACAAACUUGUUUUAUGCUGGUUUAAUUAGCAUAUUUUACUUAAUUUACUAACACUUCUCAUUCAAAAUUACUUGUAAAAUCUCUAUCUAUGUACAAAUUUUCAUUUUUCGUUGGUAUGCCCCUUUAGAAUAGAAAUUGAAUACUUGAAUGUAGGGAUAUGGUAUCCCACCAGCACGGAAACCAACAAUAUGACGGUGAAUCCAAUGUAAAUUGAAUGCACUUUUGUUUAGGGGUGUUAUACCCAGAGCCAUAGACUUUGGUUUUACCAAUGUAAAUAACUAUUAUAACUAGUUAUAUAUACAUUGGUUAUACCGAAGCCAAUGCAUUUGGCACUGCUCAAUGGUAAAAGGCUUAUUCAAAUAAAAAAAAAAAACGAGU